CGCCGUGACGUCGUGUGACGUCGUGACGGGGAGCAAUUGACAAUUAAUACGGCUCAUUAGUAAUCGACGGGCUCGAUCCGCUCGAUGGGGAUAACGAUUUAUUGUCUCAUUGACGCGCGUAACGUCAAGCUUGACGUCGAAUAGCAGGAAAUGCCAGUUUUGUGCUCGAUAAUGCAGUAGAUAUCGCGACCGCCUCUGCAGUAGCGAGUAGCUCGGAGGCUCGGAGUACCUAGCGUGUAGCGUCGUCGCUCUCGCGCUCGCGGGUGACGUGACUGACGUCGUGGUCGUGGAUAUGGAUUAGCCAGGAUUAACGCGGACAAAGGCGUCAAUCUAAUCUCUAAUCGUUUGAAUGAAAUACUGUCAAGUUUAUCUUGGAAUUUGGGAUCAUCGCGUAGAAGUAAUCGACCCGCGUCGAGAACUUGAAAGGAAAGUCCAAUUUUAUAAGUAAAAUAUGUUUUGCGAAAUUGCACUUUUGUAAGACACCGAGAAAAUCUAUUUAUUCUGGAUUUUUCGGAUAGGAAAAUAUAAUAUUGAAAUUGUAACGUUACGCACAGAGAACUAGACAACUAGACCGUAUUUACGAUAAAAACCAGAAAGUACCUUCAACCUUAUGACGCAGUGACGCUCGAUUUAAGGGAAGAUUACAACAAGUGGUUCCAUUAUGGUGCAAGGAAGAGAGGGUGGUGACGAGAGACGGAAAGAGAUCAUCUAUACAGAGCCUAAAUAGAUUGAGGAAAGAAAAUGGAACGACGGAAGAGGAAAGUAGGAAUAAGUGGGGAGAAGGGCGAGAUUGAAAAGUUGCGGAAAGCGGUGGGAGAGUCUAUCGAAUCCAUCUGAUUAUUCCGUACGCGGCACUGUACUGCGGAACAUACAAUUCCGCGUUUCGCGAAGGGGGUACCACUGUGCGCCAUCGAAUCCACCGAUUACCGGUGACCUUCGUCGGCUUUGUCGCUCCUCUCCGCUCCGUCGCUGCAUCUUUCAAAAAUUCCGCCGCAACCGCGGGCCGCAGCCUCCGCAAAGGAUCGCCGACGGAUUUGCAAGAGGGUGCUGGCUAGUUUAGGCCAUUAGACUCGGCAAGACUUGUCUAAAGAAACAUGUACGGUCUAAUCUUGGAGAACUUGGCCGAAUAUAUAAGGCAGGUUUAUGGCGAGGACAGAUGGGAAGAGAUCCGCAGGCAGGCGUCCGUGGAUCAGCCGAGCUUUAGUGUUCAUCAGGUCUAUCCGGAAAACUUGAUACCGCGAUUAGCGAAAAAAGCAAUUCAGGUACUCGGCGUAACGGAAAAGGAGUUCUUCGAUCAAAUGGGUGUGCACUUUGUAGGAUUCGUCGGACAGUACGGUUACGAUCGCGUACUCUCGGUGCUCGGACGGCACGUGAGAGACUUUCUCAACGGUCUAGACAACCUUCACGAGUACCUCAAGUUUUCUUACCCGAGAAUGCGAGCGCCUUCAUUCAUCUGUGAAAAUGAGACUCGCCAAGGACUGACUCUUCACUAUCGAAGUAAACGCCGGGGCUUCGUCUACUACACGAUGGGCCAAAUAAGGGAAGUCGCCCGACACUUUUAUCACAAGGAACUGCAGAUCGAGCUGGUACGCGAGGAAGUGCUUUUCGACACUGUGCACGUGACCUUUCAACUUACCUUCGACAAUCGUGCCUUCACGCUAGCAUCGCUCGCGAUGACUCGUGAGGAGAAACACCUGCCGAUCGGAGCGUGCGUGCUCUUUGAGAUAUUUCCCUUCUGCAUCGUCUUCGGAUCAGAUAUGGUUGUUAGGAGCAUCGGCAAUUCACUAAUGGUCAUACUGCCAGAUCUGGUUGGCAAGAAGAUCACGUACUUCUUCGAUUUGGUUCGACCACUUAUUGCAUUUAAAUUUCAAUCGAUAUUGAAUAGAACGAACAACAUUUUCGAGUUGGUUACUGUCGAGCCAGUGCUUACGGAACGAUUGGACGAUCGACACAGAAACGAAAUUCUCUUGAGCGACGAGCUUGAAACGGUAGAAGAUAAGACUUUACGAUUAAAGGGUCAAAUGAUAUACAUGGACAAUUGGAAAAUGAUGAUGUAUCUCGGUACACCUGUCAUGCCCGAUCUGAACGCUUUAAUAGCAACGGGCCUUUAUAUAAAUGAUCUCUCGAUGCACGAUUUUAGCCGAGACCUCAUGCUCGCUGGGACUCAACAGUCCGUGGAGUUAAAACUGGCGUUAGAUCAAGAACAGCUUAAAAGUAAAAAAUUGGAGGAAUCUAUGAGGAAAUUGGAUGAAGAAAUGAAGCGUACGGAUGAAUUGUUAUAUCAGAUGAUUCCCAAACAGGUUGCGGACCGUUUGAGGAAUGGCGAAAGUCCGAUUGAUACUUGCGAGAUGUUCGAUAGUGUGUCGAUCCUGUUCUCGGACGUGGUGACUUUUACCGAGAUCUGCAGUAGGAUCUCACCGAUGGAGGUUGUGUCCAUGUUAAACGCCAUGUACUCAUUGUUUGACACUUUGACCGAGAGAAAUCGAGUUUACAAGGUCGAAACUAUCGGUGACGCUUACAUGGUAGUCUCUGGUGCGCCGGUAAAAGAAAACGACCAUGCAGAUCGCGUAUGCGAUAUGGCGCUCGAUAUGGUCGAAGCGAUAACCGAUCUCAAGGACCGUUCAACAGGCAACCAUCUUCAGAUACGUGUUGGCGUUCACAGUGGCGCAGUUGUAGCCGGUAUCGUUGGCUUAAAAAUGCCACGAUACUGCCUCUUCGGUGAUUCUGUCAAUACAGCAGCCCGCAUGGAAGCGACAAGCCAAGCUAUGCAGAUACAUAUAUCUCAAUCUACCCAGGAAUUGCUAUCGCCGUCGUACAAGGUCAAAGAACGCGGAGAAAUCGAGGUGAAGGGAAAGGGCACAAUGAAGACCUAUUGGUUGGAAAAGCGAGAAUGUCGUUCUGUCACGACCAAGGGAAUCACUAUACAGGAGUCUCAUCAAUGGCACACUAGGAGCUCCGAGAAAAGGAUUUGCUCGGUGGGAGCGAUAGGUCUGGUGGACAGGAUAAGCCCAGGCAUGUUUGACAAACCGACUUCGGGAGACGCCCUGUCGAAACGUAGAGGUUCGUCGAAGAUGUCGUCCCCGACGCCACCGGGAUCCUCGGGAUUUUUCUCCGAGGAAAGAAGGAUAUAUUCGCCUAUUACUUUUCAAGAUGUCGCGCGACGAUCGGUCGCGAAUUCCCCGACGAAGAAUGUGGAAAUACGAGAAUGUCGAUCGAAUUCUAUGGGUGCGGUAAGCAUCAAGAACACGUCAGACAUGUUCAGUUCUCUCCUGAAUGACACGGAGGAGCAUUUCCGGCAGCACCGAGACAACUUGUCGCCGCGCGUAGAAAAUCAAUCGGCGAGUGUGCACAUGAAACCGGAAGUGAAGAUAAAUGCCACUUCAUCCUCGUCCUCACAGAGUUCUGAAGACGAGUCGACAUUGUCAUUAGAUCUCACGCUACAGACGCGAAAAAAUAACGCGGAUGUGAAAGCUGGUAACGAUAGUGAGUGCGCGGCGGCGAUCAGUAGCGAUCUCAGCACGUCUCAGUUGUUGACGCAACAACAAGACCAAUGCUGUCCGGGAUUUACCAUCUCAAAGAGCAGCAAGAUGCGCCAUCAAGGAAAUAGCUGUACCAUUGUCUAAUAUGGGAAUUAGAGAUUAUUGUUGUGACGAGAGAAAUGUCGUAGAUUUGUCAUUUUUUUAGAUUUUGACGCUAAAACAUUCUAUAGCUCCUUAAAUUCUUUCCUCCUCCUCUCUCUCCCUCUCCUUCCCUCUUUCCCUCUCCUCCUCCCUUCUCUCUCUCUCUCUCUCUCUCUCUCUCGGUUUUCGUAUAAUAUGAGAAGCAAAAAUAUUCCAUUAUAAUAAUUAUAUUAUUCUCGUUGAAAAAAUUCGAUUUCUGCACCAGAAGUACGUUUACAAAAAGAGAUAUCGAAAAAUAUCUCUUGGGUGAUUUCCAUUCUAUAUUAUGUGCCAGUAUAAUAGUGAUUUCUCGAUAAAUUUCAAAGGUGGAAUAAGCAGAGAAUUAAAGAGAUCGAGGUACGCUACCUUACGUCAAAUUACGCAAUAAGAAAAGUAAAUUUUUCGCGAUAGCACAACCGCAAGCAUAUAUAGCUGUGUACAUUUAAUAAUUGUAUAUAUAUUGCAAAAAUAAAAUGUUUAAAAUUUUUAAGAGUUUAUCGACUCUUUUAUCGA